AUUUAUCCUACCGAAAAUGACAGAUAUUUGAUUUUUCAGUCGUUUAAGCUUGGGAUGCUGUUUCAAGGAUUGCUAACCUCAUUUGUUACUUAUCGCGCUGAUGCACGUUUGUUUGCCAGGCACUUUUUAUUUUUAUCCGUUAAAAUUUAAUGUUCAUAAUACAGGGUUUUCCAGUGGUUCUGAUAACUUUGAGAUGCUUAACGGACUCUAUCGCACGGGAAGUGAUACUUUUGGCGCGUUAGCGAUAAAUCUGUAACUUUACUGAACUCUAUGUGACGGGAAGUAGAUUCUUUGGCACCUUUUUUGGACAAGUCAUUUGGGUGCCGUUUGCCAGCUGGGUUUUCGUAUACAUGAGGUGGUUGAAGUAUUGCUAUUUUCAAUAAUACACAUCAAUAUAAAAUUUGCACUAUAUAUGGCUAUACACAUUUAUUAAAAUUAUGAUCAAAGCAUGAUAUGUUUUGUAAAUUAUCGAGUGAUGUUAUUUUACUUCAAUUUAUGUUGCUUUGUUAUGGAAGAGUAAUAACAUUCAAGUCAACUAGCGUUUAUAAACAUUCGCGAGUGAAAUCAUCUGCUGUCAAUUCGAAUGGGUGGGAAACAACUACAACAACAAUUUUCCACAACCAAACGCAUUCCGAAAAUAUCGCUUCAAAAAAGGUUUCAUGCUGUCGUGGCUGUGCUGUGCACCAAAACAUAAUAGUGCUAAUUCGUGAAUCUUAUUGCACACAGUGUUUCAAUAUAACCGAAAUCAUUGGAUGCUGUUUGUGAAGAUCGAUUGUGUCAUCAUUUUACAAGCAAAACUCAAAUAUUAUAACAGACAUGGAGCCCAAUACAAGUGCAGCUACACGACGUGUUGUAAAAACCACAUCCGAUAGCGACAGGAAGCGGGUCAUAACGGCGUAUGAAAAUGGCUCAGCUCCAUCAGCAAUAAGCCAAAUGCUUAAUAUAAAGAGACCAACGGUGUAUGGAAUCAUAAAUAAAUACAAUGCAACUUGGCAAAUCGCUGCAGCUAAGCGUGGUGGCACAUGUAAAAAAAAGUUGUCGCAGGAUGCGGUAGAAAGCAUUCGAGCCUGGAUCGACGAAGAUUGUGCGAUCACGCUGAAGUCACUGGCACAGAAAGUAUUUGAACGACACGGUGUACACGUUAGCAUCUCAACUAUAGCCAGGGAAGUAAAGGGCUUCAACUACUCCUUUAAAAUGCUGCAAAAAAUACCUGAAAGGCGCAACACAACUGCUACGAUCGAGGAACGUACCACAUACGCCAGAAACUUCUACCAAAUAACAAGGGCAUUUCCUGUAAGCGGAUUAAUAUAUUUGGACGAAGUGGGAUUCAACGUGAGCAUGCGGACAAGCAAGGGCAGAUCUCAGAAAGGAACGCCAGCAGUAACCGUGGUUCCUCAAAUUAGAACUAGAAAUAUAUCGAUAGUAUGUGCAAUGAAUUCGAAUGGGAUCGUACAUUACGUCACCCACAACCAACCUGUAAACAGAGAGCUAUUUACCAAUUUUAUUUAUGAGCUUAAAGAUAUAUUGCGAUCCAAAAACAUUAAUAGAAGCUAUUUAAUAAUGGACAACGUUGCUUUCCACAAGAGCCAGUCCGUGCAGGAAGCUAUAGGAACCGUUAUAGACAAACCUCUCUAUCUACCCCCAUAUUCUCCCUUUUUAAACCCCAUAGAGAAUAUGUUUAGCAAGUGGAAGAAUUAUGUAAAAAGAUCUAACUGCACUAAUCACGACCAACUAAUGGAAGCUAUAUGCAACGGAGCAAAUUAUGUUACCGCAGAAGAUUGCGAAGGGUUUAUAAACAACAUGUGGAACUACAUGUCACGCUGUUUAAGCGGUGAAGAAAUAUUAGAUUAGAUGUAUCUUUAUUCUUUGAUAGCUCCUUUGAUAGAAUUCAAUAGUUUUAUUCAAUAGUUUAGAUAGAUGAGAUUAAUUAGUAGUAGUUAAGUCGAUUAACACUUCAAUGGAAAACCGUACUCCAAGAAUUUUUCCUCAAAAUGUGCUGUGCAGUUUCCUCAACAGUUAUUACGUUUUUUUUUUUCAUUAGUUAAGUUCUUCAUCUUUAGAUGGAAAAACGAUACUCAAAGAGUUCCUUGAAAACGUGCUGUGCAGUUUUCUCAUCAUUAAUUACUUUUUUUAGUCAGUAGUAAAUAUCUUGAUUGUUAGAUGGAAAACAAUACUCAAAGAGUUCCUUGAAUAAAAUACAAUGCAAUUUUCGAACGUUUCUUAAA